ACCAAAGCAGAGGAGCAGGCAGCACGCGCCAAGCAGUCUGAGUACCAGCCAAGCCAUGCUCCCUGAGAUCAGUGACUACCUAGAGCUCCUAGGCUCUGAUUCUGCCUAUCUCCUGGAAAACUAUAACUCUUCCUUUGACUAUGGAGGAGAAAAUGAGAGCGACUUCUGCUAUGACUCCCCACCCUGCCCACAAGACGUCAGCCUGAACUUUGACCGGGCCUUCAUGCCAGCCCUCUAUGGCCUCCUCUUUGUGCUGGGGCUACUGGGCAAUGGUGCUGUGGCAGCUGUGCUGCUCAGCCAGCGGGCAGCCCUGAAUAGCACCGACACCUUCCUGCUCCACCUGGCCAUAGCUGAUGCCCUGCUGGUGCUAACCCUCCCCCUCUGGGCAGUAGACGCUGCAGUCCAGUGGGUUUUUGGCUCUGGUCUCUGCAAAGUGGCAGGUGCCCUCUUCAACAUCAACUUUUAUGCAGGGGCCCUCCUGCUGGCCUGCAUCAGCUUUGAUCGAUACCUGAGCAUAGUGCAUGCCACCCAGCUCUACCGCCGGGGGCCCCCAGCCCGUGUGACCCUCACUUGCGUAGUUGUCUGGGGGCUCUGUCUACUCUUUGCCCUCCCUGACUUCAUUUUCCUGUCAGCCCACCAAGAUGCACGCCUCAAUGCCACCCACUGCCAGUACAAGUUCCCACAGUUGGGCCGCACAGCUCUGCGCCUACUGCAGCUGGUGGCUGGUUUCCUGCUGCCCCUGAUGGUCAUGGCCUACUGCUAUGCUCGCAUCCUAGCUGUGCUGCUGGUCUCCAGGGGCCAGCGGCGGCUGCGAGCCAUGCGACUGGUGGUGGUGGUAGUGGUGGCCUUUGCCCUCUGCUGGACCCCCUACCACCUGGUGGUGAUGGUGGACACCCUCAUGGACAUGGGGGCUUUGGCCCGCAACUGUAGCCGAGAAAGCCAUGUGGACGUGGCCAAGUCCGUCACCUCAGGCUUGGGCUAUAUGCACUGCUGCCUCAACCCGCUGCUCUAUGCCUUCGUAGGGGUCAAGUUCCGAGAGCGGAUGUGGACGCUACUUCUGCGACUGGGCUGCCCCGGCCAAAGUGGGCACCAGCUGCAGCUUCUGUCUUCCCGCAGGGAUUCGUCCUGGUCUGAGACGACAGAGGCCUCCUACUCAGGCUUGUGA